UUUGACAGUUGUGGAUUGGCCUCGAAUGAUAUCCACCGGCCGUUCAGCAGACCGGUUUUGGCGGCAACUUGUUAUCCGAAGAAAUAGUCGUGAUUUUGUUCCUUUCCUCUAACCACAAUGGCACCGCGGAAAAACACCAAAAAGCAACCGAAACCGACGGCACGCGCCCGGAAGCAAACGGUGGAACGUACACCAAGUCCACCGAAAAGUGCUGACCUAGAGCUAGCUUACCGGCCCUUGAAAACCGUCAAUGAGCUUCGUAAUGUGAUGGGCGACGAAUCGGACGACCAGACAACCACCGGGAGUGUGAUGGAAUCGUACCGCGACAGUACAACACAAUCGCGGCCUAACUUUUCCUUUCUGCCGUCGCAUAAACACUCCAGCCCAAACAAUCACGGCAAUAAACGGACCGCCACCGCCGCCGCCGCCGCUGACCAACCUCCAGCGACGGUACACCGGCUCACCAGUAUGUCCACCGUCCCCAACACUGGACUGGAACACGAGGACACUGAAUCCGAACCCGGUCCCAGCACCAGCCGCCGGGGAUCAUCCCGAAGCGAACGCGACGAGACAGGCGGCAGCAGCAUAUCCUCCGCAGCCAACACUGGACGGAAUUCAACCAAAGGGAAGCCUACCAGAAGUCGAAAGCAGAAAAUCCCUACCAAUCUGAAUGUGCUGAAAGAAAUCCAUAGGCUGCAAGGGACGGUGCACAAUCUGAUUCCCAAGCUAAGCUUCGGACGCUUGAUCCGCGAAGUAUUGAGCGAAUAUUCGCACCGUUCCCUGAAGGUGACUCCGCAGAUGCUGGAAUGUUUGCAGGAAUCGGCCGAAGUGUACCUAAUGCAGGUGUUCAGUGACUCCUAUCGUUGCACCCUUCACCGGGGCCGAGUGACGCUCAUUCCCAAAGACAUGGAGCUGGCUUUGAUGCUGCGUCGCAAUUGAUAUUUUGAUUGUUUGGUGGUUUGGUGUAUAUUUUGCAAUAUUCAUUUGUUGCUUGUUGUGUUGCCAUUUCUCAUUGUUAUUUUAUAUGAUUAAAGCGUUAUUUAUUUAUGAUUUCAAAGUGUCCGACAAUAAAAUCUCCUAGCAUAAAA